GGAUUUCUUUUCAUAAAUCCAUUAUUAUUAAAUAGAAAAAAAGAAAAUGAAAUGACAAAACUGGCAGUGUAACAAAUUCACACGCCUAGUCCAUAGAAGUGUGUGACGCUGCUCCUUCCAUUAGUCACUCGGAAUCUCCUUAAACCUCCUAAUAAAUCGGGAGAGGACCUUUUUUCGUUUGCUUUUUCAAAUUCAACUCUCUCUCUCUCUCUAAUAAUUCAUUCUCCUAUUUAAUUACGGAGAUUCGCUAAUCCUCCCCUUGUAUUGUAUAAUAAAAUAAUAAUAUAAAUAAAUAUAACAAUAAUAAUAAUAAAGCUUACCUUUUUCAUAGUAAUUUUGCCCUGUGUAAACCCUAAAGUUGUUGAUCUAUCUAGUCUAGGUUUUAAUAAUGGCGAGCUCAUACCCUGCUCCAAUUGGUGCUACUCAGGUGGGUUCUUACUUUGUUCAACAAUACUAUCAAGUUCUUCAGCAGCAACCGGAUUAUGUUCAUCAGUUUUAUACUGAUGCUAGCUCCAUUGUUCGGGUUGAUGGUGAUUCCAAUGAAUCUGCUUCUGCCCUUGUGCAAAUCCAUACCCUAAUCAUGUCAAUGUGUUUCUCUGUCAUUAAGAUCAAGACGAUAAAUUCUCUUGAGUCUUGGAAUGGUGGUGUUCUUGUUGUGGUCUCUGGUUCUGUCAAACUGAAGGAUUUCAAUGGGUGGAGGAACUUUGUGCAAACAUUUUUACUUGCACCUCAGGAGAAGGGUUACUUUGUUCUGAAUGAUGUCUUUCAUUUUGUUAAUGAGGAGGGGAGUGAACUAGCUCAAGCGCCAGUAGUUUCACAGAACAAUCUUGAGGCUCAACCGACUUCCUCUAAUCCUCUUGCAGAGCCACCAGCAGCCCAUGACUAUGCCAUAGAGGUGGAGGCGACUGAAUAUGUAAAUUCAGUUCAUAUUCAAGGAAAUGAUGCUGUUGAAGAUUACAGUUAUCCAGAGCAUGAUCACGAGAACCUAUAUGAGGUUGAGGCUGAGGCUGAGUCCGAGUCUGAGCAUGAUGAAGCUGAGGCUGAGGAUGAGGCUGAUGUUACAGAGGAGACUCAUUUUGGGGAAGAAACUGCUCAAGUAAGGUCAUUCGAGGAGGAGACUUCUUUUCCAAAUAAUGUGGCCGAAGUCAUGCCAGAGCCUGAGCCUGCUGCAGAAGAACCUGUUGCAGAGCCUUCAAAGCUCAGUUAUGCUUCUAUUUUAAGAGCUCCAAAAGGAAAACCUGCACCGUCGGUUCGUAUCCAGCCAUCUUAUACCAAGACUGCAACAGCUGUUCCUGAGUGGCAACCUCCGGUUGAGCAGUCAAUCUCCAUGCCCCCGGCCGUGCCAGAAGCCAGCCUUGACCUCACAGAUGAAGGAUUUUCUCAAGAAGGGGAAUCAAAGUCUGUCUAUGUGAGGAAUUUGCCAUCUACUGUAUCUUCUCUCGAUAUUUUGCAAGAGUUUAAGAACUUUGGGAAGAUCAAGCAAGAUGGAGUAUUCUUAAGAAACCGCAAGGAUGUUGGCAUUUGCUAUGCCUUUGUUGAGUUUGAAGAAGUCCAAGGUGUCCAAAAUGCAAUCAAGGCAUCACCAAUACAGUUGGCUGGAAGGCAAGUCUACAUAGAGGAAAGGAGACCAACCAGCAAUAGUACUUCUCGUGGAGGAAGAUCAGGAAGGGGUAGAGGCAGAGGAGGUCGUUCUGGCGGACGAACUUUUGGCAGGGGAAGUUAUCCUGAUGAUAGAGUGAAGAGCAAUGGCUACCGCGGCAUGUGAUGAUAUUAAGAGUAUGAAAGGCCAAACAUCCAAACUAAGUUAUGAUUCUGCGGAUGAGGAUCAGUAAGAAGCGUGGUUACUAGAUAGCUUUUAUAUUUUUGAUGGUAUUGUCUUUAUGGAAAGAAUUGUGUUGUUGCCGGUUCUCUUUUCCCGAAGUGUUUUGAGAGAGAUUUUCCCCAUCUUUCUCCUUUAGUUAAAGGUGUGUUAUUAUUCUGCUCUUAAUUCUUUUUUGUCCUGCAAUUCUAGAGGCAGUACUUGUAACUUUGGAGUGAUGUUAAGGGUGAGAAAUAUUUUGAGCCUAGCUGAAAGUGUUGUACUCGACUUCCUUUCUCUGUAUUUCAGAAAUGUCAUGAUGUCUUGGUGCUAA